AUGGCAUCUGGCCAAGAGAAGGAUAUGGCAAGGGAGGAAGGGCCCACUGCACCUAAUGAGGUGGUGAACAAUGCUGCUGAGAUUGACCUCAAUCAAGAUGAGGCAAUGGCUGACAUUGAGCUGGAUGAUAUUGAGAACCUGGACCUGGAGGAUGAGGAUAACUACGUUGAAGCUUAUAACCAUGGUGAAGCUGAUAACCAUGGUGAAGCUGAUAACAUUGGGGAUGAAGAUAACACUGGUGGAAAGGAGGCCACUGGUGAUGAAAAUGACUUCACUGAGGGUGAAGACAUGACUUAUCCUAUCUCCGAAGAGAUUGUCCAACUCCAGGCUAAAGUGGCAACUCAGAAUAUCACCAUCCUGGAUCAGCAGACGUCCAUUGAUGGACUCAAGAAGCACAUCCAGGAUCUCCAGGCUGAUCUGAGCAUUGUCAUGAAGGAGGUUACUGACUUCUGCCGCAUCCUGGGCACUAAAGACCGCCAAAUUCAGUGGCUUCAAAAGACUUGCAAUAAUCUGCAAGCAGCAGUCACCAAGCUCAAUGAGCAGUUGUCCCACCUUAGGAGGGAGGGUAUUUAUGGACCUCCUCCUGGGCGUAGGCCCGCUCCUGCUGCUCAGCCGGCACCUGCUUCGCCUGCACCUACGCCGGUAGGCGGUGCGAUGGCUAUGCACCAGCCACCUCCAACCGAGACCUCGCCCUUUGGGUCUCUCUCGGCGCCUCUGCCUGAGUUUAACCAUAGCAAGACGGAUGUGCAACCUUGA